AUGCCUGACAUCAACUUAAACCUGAAAGGUCCCAAGGUGAAAGGAGACGUGGAGCUUUCUGCACCUGAUCUGGAAGGCCCUAAGGUUGAGAUUGAUGCUCCCGACCUUGACAUCAAAGGCCCUGAAGGGAAGCUGAAGGGCCCCAAGUUCAAGAUGCCCGAGAUGCACAUCAAGGCUCCCAAAAUUUCCACGCCAGACUUUGAUCUGAACCUGAAAGGUCCCAAAGUUAAAGGAGAUGUCGACGUGUCCAUGUCAGGAAUUGAAUGUGAACUGAAAGGGCCGGAGGUCAAUAUCAGUGCUCCUAAAUUAGACGUAGGUGCCCCUGAUGUUGAUAUUGACAGCCCAGAGGGUAAAUUUAAGCUUCCUAAAUUCAAAAUGCCCAAGUUUUCCAUGCCUGGCUUUAAAGGGGAGGGUGUGGAUGUGGAUGUGAACCUCCCCAAGGGAGACAUUGACAUUUCGGGCCCCAGCAUAGACGUAGAGGCUCCUGAUCUGAAUGUGGAUGGAAAAAUCAAAGGUCCCAAACUUACGAUGCCUGAAAUGCACGUGAAGGCUCCCAAGGUCUCCAUCCCUGAUGUCGACUUCAACAUCAAGGGGCCUCAACUGAAAGGAGAUGUAGAUGUUUCCGGACCCAGGCUUGAAGGUGAUUUGAAAGCACCCCAAAUUGAUGUGAAAGCCCCCAAAAUAGACAUCGAGGCUCCCGAUGUGACCAUCGAAGGGCCAGAAGGGAAACUGAAAGGCCCAAAAUUCAAGAUGCCAGAAAUGCACAUCAAGGCGCCCAAAUUCUCCAUGCCCGAUGUUGACUUCAAUCUGAAGGGCCCCAAGCUGAAGGGUGAUGUCGACGUCUCAGGACCAAAGUUGGAAGGGGAUUUGCAGUGUCCGGAUGUUGACAUCAAAGGCCCCAAGUUGGACAUUCAGGCACCGGAUGUGAACAUCGAAGGGCCAGAUGGAAAACUGAAAGGCCCAAAAUUCAAGAUGCCAGAAAUGCACAUCAAGACUCCCCAGAUCUCCAUGCCAGACAUAGACUUGAACCUAAAGGGACUGAAGCUGAAAGGAGAUGCGGAUCUUCAGGGCCCAAAGCUCGAGGGAGGUCUGAAGGGUCCUGAAGUUGAUAUUAAGGGCCCCAAAAUAGAUAUUGAGGGCCCAGAGGUUGACGUCGAUGGUCUGGAGGGAAAAAUGAAGCUGCCUAAAAUGAAGCUGCCCAAGUUUGGCUUAAAAGGAGAAGGCCCUGACAUGGAUGUGAACCUGCCAAAGACAGAAGUCGAUCUUUCGGGCCCCAAGGUAGACAUCAGUGUCCCAGAUGUGAGCGUCGAAGGUCCAGAGGGCAAACUGAAAGGUCCUAAACUGAAGAUGCCAGAAAUGCACGUGAAUGUUCCUAAAAUCUCAAUGCCUGAGAUAGACUUGAAUCUGAAAGGCCACAAAACGAAGGGAGGCUUUGACAUUUCAACCCCAAAGAUAGAAGGCAACCUGAAAGGUCCUGAAGUUGAUAUCAAAGGCCCAGAAUUUGGAGUCAGAAGCCCUGAAGUUGAUGUUGAAUGUCCCGACCUGAACUUUGAAGCCCCAGAGGCAAAUGUCAAAUUUCCCAAGUUUAAGAAGUCAAAGUUUGGGUUUGGGAUGAAAAGCCCGAAGGCAGAAAUCAAGGUCCCCGGGGUGGAAGCGGAUUUACCCGAGGCGGAGCUGAACGUGGAGUCGCCUGAUGUCAGCGUCGCUGGCAAGGGUAAGAAGAGCAAGUUCAAGAUGCCAAAACUUCAUAUGAGUGGUCCUAAAGUUAAAGGAAAGAAAGGAGGGUUCGACGUGAAUGUGGCUGGUGGAGAGCUCGAUGCGAAUUUGAAAUCUCCUGACCUGGAUGUGAAUGUAGCUGGUCCGGAUGUGACGAUAAAAGGCGAUGCUGCAGUGAAGUCCCCCAAAGGAAAGAAACCCAUGUUUGGGAAAAUCUCCUUCCCAGAUGUUGAAUUUGAUCUUAAAUCGCACAGAUUCAGAGGGGAUGCUUCCGUGGCAGUCCCAAAAAUAGAGGGGGAACUUAAAGCGCCUGAUCUAGACGUCUCUCUGCCGACUGCCAAAGCUGAUGUAAAGGGCCCGAGUCUCAACGUGGACAUUGAAGGUUCUGACGUGAGCCUGAAGAAACCAAAGUUCAAACUUCCCAGUGGGCAGGUGGGCGUAGGGGACGUGAAAAUUGAGGGCGACCUGAAAGGACCCACCAUUGAUGUUGCUGUUCCCUCGAUCUCGGUACCAGAUGUCGACUUAAAUGUGAAAGGACCAAAAGUAAAAGGUGAAGUUGGUGUUCCUGGAGUAGAACUGGAAGGUCUGAAAUUGCCCAAGGUGGGGAAAAUGGGUCUUGGUUUGGAAAUGCCGGAUGCGAACUUGGAUGUCUCGGUCCCGGCCGUGGAAGGAAGCGUGAGCCUCCCUUCGGCUGAGGUCAACCUCCGAGGUGUUGAUGUAAAGCUCAAAGGGCCCCAAAUCUCUGGACCUGAUUUUGAUGGAAACCUGAAAGGACCAAAAAUAAAGGGAGAUCUGGACGUUUCGAGUUCUGUGGAAGGGCCGAGCGUCAGCGUGGACGCACCAGGCAUUGACAUUGGAGGCUUGGGAGGAAAGCUGAAGCUGCCAAAGUUUAAAUCCCCCGCUAUAGAGGCACCUGAUCUGAGCGUGAAAGGAGGUGUCGACUGCUCCGUCCCACAAAUGGAGGCAGAUGUGAAAGCCCCAGGUGCAAACCUCAAUCUCGGCAUCCCAGGCGUCAAUAUCAAAGGGCCCUCGGUGGAUGUUUCUGCCCCAGAUAUGGAUGUAAACCUGAAAGGACCAAAGUUGAAAGGAGAUCUUGAUGUUUCUGCUGGCAUUAAAUCCCCCAAAGCAUCAGUGGACGCAUCCGAUGGCGGCUUUGAAAUUCUGGGUGGCACGAUCAAGCUCCCGUCCCUCAAGCUCCCCCAGUUUGGUGUUUCCAGUCCUGGUGUGGAUGGAGCAGAUGUAGGCAUUGGUCUUGAAGGUCCUCAAGUGAAAGGAGGCCUGAAGGGCUCAGGGGUUGGUGUUGGGAUGGAAGGACCCAAUGUGGAAUUGAAAGGGCCUAAGUUUCAAAUGCAGUCACCUGGCGUUUCCUUGUCGGACGUCGACCUGAAGCUGAAAGGACCAAACCUACGGGGUGACGUAGAUGUCGCCGGUGACAUCAAAGGUCCAAAAGUCAACGUGGAAGCACCUCGUGUCGACAUUAAGGAACCCGGAGCAGGUGUCCACCUCGAGGCUCCCACCGUGGAUGCGUCCGCACUGAAAGUUUCUGGGUCGGGUUUUAACGUCAAUGUAAAAGGGCCGAAGAUCAAAGGUGGUGCCGCUAUCUAUGGAGAAGCGGUGGCACCAGCUCUGAGCGCUGGCGGGGGAACUCUUCACGUUACCGGCCCGAAGGUGGGAAUUGGAGGUCCCAGCAUCACCACAAGCAGCCCAGAAAGCAGCUUGGGAAAAGUAUCGUUCCCCAAACUGCGAAUGCCUAAAUUUGUGUUUUCAGACCACGAGGUGAAGGGCAGAGAGAGGGGGGUCGACGUAGAGUUCCCCGGGGCGGAUGCUAACCUCCAGGCCGACGUCGCAGAACUCGAGUCGGAGGACGCGGAUGUCAGACUAAAGAAAUCCAAAAUCAAAAUGCCCAAGUUUAAUUUUUCCAAGCAGAAGGGAAGGAGUGGAGGUUCCCCGGAGGUUUCUGGAUCUGUUUCAGGAUCGAAAGGUGACCUGAAGAGCUCCAAGGUCAGUUUGGGGUCCGCAGAAGGCGAGCUCGAUGGCGGAGAGGGCCUGUCGUCGGCGAAAGGGAAGUUCUCCCUCUUUAAAAGCAAGAAGACGCGCCAUCGGUCGUCGUCCUUCAGCGACGAGCGCUCGUCCCACUCGACGCCCACGGGAACGCUGGAGCUGGAGAAGGGAAAACAAGGCAAAAUGAAAUUUGGGACGUUCGGGGGGAUCGGUUCAAAAACUAAAGGUUCUUACGAAGUGACGGGAAGCGACGAGGAGACGGGGAAAGCGCAGGGCAGCGGGGUCUCAUUAGCGUCCAAAAAAUCACGUCUUUCCUCUUCUUCCAGCAACGACAGCGGGACGAAGGGGGGUUUCCGUAUGCCCGGGGUGGAGCUGACGGUGGCCAAGAAAAAAGAGUAG